AAACUGAGGCACGGGGGGGGGGCGGGGCCGGGAAUGGACCCAGGCGUCCGGGCGCCGCGCGCGGGUCCCUCGGGGUCUGUCCCCCCCCCCCGCGAGCCGCGUGUGACGGACGCUCCGGGCGGGGCCACGUGCCCCGGUCCCGGUCCCGGCUCCGGGGAGACAGGUCCUGGGGCCCGAUUCUGCCCCGAUCCCCCCCCACAGGCUCUGCUCUCUCGCCCCCCCCCGCCCUGGCGCCCGGGUCAACGGGGGGAAGGAGGCGAGUUCCGUAGGGAAUUAGCUGCUGCUCCCUGCGGCUCCCGAGAGGGGACAUCGGACUCCUGGCCACCAGCCCCGGGUGCUGUGUGCGAGCUGGGCACCUGCACAACUCCCCGCUGGCGGGUGACUGGCACCAGCCCGAGCGGCACAUUCCCGUGUUGGGCGAACUCUCCGGCCCUGGGUCCUUCUCAGAGUCCUGACGCGUGAGCCCAGUUGGUGUCGGCAACACACCGCAGACGGUUUAGUCCAGGGGUCGGCCACCGUUCAGAAGUGCUGUGCGAGUCUUCAUUCAGUCACUCGGGUUUAAGGUGUCGCGUGCCAGUCAUACAUUUUAACGUUUUUAGAAGGUCUCUUUCUAUAAGUCUAGAAUAUAGAACUAAACUAUUGUAUGUAAAGGUUUUUAACAUGUUGAAGAAGCUUCAUUUAACAUUAAAUUAAAACGCAGAGCCCCCCGGACCGGUGGCCAGGACCCGGGCAGUGUGAGUGCCACUGAAAAUCAGCUCGCGUGCCGUCUUCAGCACGCGUGCCAUAGGCUGCCUACCCCUGGUCUAGUCUCUUCUUGGCUUCGGCUGCCAUCUUCUGACUUGUGGCCCAAACCUUCGCUCCGUGUCCAAGGUCAUUGCAAGGUAUCCUGGCUCGCCCUCAACGCUAACACGUUCUCCAUCCAGUGUCCGUUGCAGACUGUCGUUGAACCUCUUACGGUUUUGUUGGAUUCAGCUAAAGUUUGUUUGUUUGCUCAUCUGGUUACAGUACCAAGUCCUCAUUCAGUUCAUUCUCCACUAUCUCUAUGUCCAACCCUGACACACAGCAUGAUCUCGCCUGCACGGAGGCAUACAGGUGAUGUCACGCGGCCGGACAGUCCAGAGGAGUCCAGCAGGAAAAGAGGACUUAACACUGAGCCCAAAGGAACUCCUGCGCUGAGGCCUUGCCUUCGAAAUAGUACCUUUUAGUCUUCCUGUUAUUGUCCUGUACUGCAGGAAAUCUCCUAUCCCGAGGUACGUUGUGCCACAGAUUCCCCUCUCGCUGAGUUUCACUGAGACACUAUCACACACCGCGUUGAGAUCCAAACAGACUCCUCUUGGUCAUUGGGGUGGCUGGGAUGGGAAUCCGUCAAUGAGAGGCUGGCAGAAGGCUCCCAGGGAACCUGGAACUGAGUGCGAGGCCCGUCUGCCUUUGGGAUGAGUUUCAUCUUCCCUCCUGUUGGAAGCCUCCGCAGAAGCCGUGAUUGGACCGUGUGCCCCGUUAUCUGUCGAGGUGACUGGCUGAGGAUACAGGCUGGUAGCAGCUUGGAGAAGACGGAUCCAGGCCAGACUUAAGAACAGUAACUGCUGAGUUCCACUGAUCAGGGACCGUCCCUUUUCUCCAUGAUUUGUCGAUGAACUCCAACAACCCGGCUUUAGCCUUCUUCCCAAAGUGUCAAGUAUCAGGGGGUAGCCGUGUUAGUCUGUAUCUACAAAAACAACAAGGAGUCUGGUGGCAACUUAAAGACUAACAGAUUUAUUUGGGCAUAAGCUUUCGUCGGUAAAAACAUCACAUCUUCGGAUGCAUAAACUGAAAUUUACAGAUUCAGGCAUUAUAUACUGACACAUGGAGAGCAGGGAGUUACUUCGCAAGUGGAGAACCAGUGUUGACAGGGCCAAUUCAAUCAGGGCCCCGCGCCAUGGACUCCCGGCCCCUGUUCCAGGCCCUGCACGUGGUGGCUGAGGACAACGUGGCCUUCUUCCGGCAGAGCGCUUCGGAGACGGGGCGCCGGUUCGUGGCGGCCUUCACGGCCAUCGGGGAGCACGCCCGCCGCCUGGAGCCGAUUCUGCGCCACUUUGCCAGCGUCUACCACGUCUUCGACCUGGACGAGGCCACGCCGGCCAACGGGUACCGCAGCCUGGCGCAGACGACGCGCUGCUGCCUGGCCCACGUCCUGCACAAGAGCCGCUACGUGGCCGCCAACCGCCGCAGCAUCUUCUUCCGCACGGGCCACAACGCGGCCGAGCUGGAGGCCUAUUGCGCCGCCCUGAGCCAGCUGCGGGCCCUGCUGUACCUGGCGCAGCGCCUGCUGACCCACAACCGCCCCGGCUGCCUCUUCCACCACGAGGAGCGCGGCCUGACCGAGUUGGUGCUGCGGGAGUACGGCACCCUGCACAAGGGCUGCUUCUACGGGCGCUGCCUGGGCUUCCAGUUUGCCCCCUCCAUCAGGCCCUUCCUCCAGACCAUCGCCAUCAGCCUGGUCUCCUUCGGAGAGAACUACAGACGCCACGACUCCGGCCUCAGCAUGGCGGCUGGCUCGCUGUUCACGUCGGGGAAGUUCGCCAUCGACCCAGAGCUGCGGGGAGCCGAGUUCGAGAGGAUCACGCAGAACCUCGACGUGCAUUUCUGGAAGAGCUUCUGGAACCUGACAGAGACCGAGCUGCUGGCUUCCGUGGCCAGCAUGGCGUCCACACCAGUGCGGGUGAUCCGGGCGCUGACGGUGCCCCCCGAGCCCUUCGAGCUGCCGCUGGCUGCCGACCCCUCAUUGAGCAUCACCAUCAGCCCCCCGGUGGCGCACACUGGCCCUGGGCCUGUCCACAUGCGCCUCAUCUCCCAUGAGCUGCGUGAGGGGCAGGACAGCGAGGCACUCUCCGCACUGGCCCCGGCCGAAGGCCCACUGGGGCUGGAGCUGUGGCGCAAGGCAGCGCCUGCGCCCCCCUCGCCCCUGCUGCUGGUUCACUUCCACGGCGGCGGGUUCGUGGCGCAGACGUCAAAGUCGCACGAGCCGUACCUGCGGGGCUGGGCGCAGGAGCUCGGCGCCCCUGUGCUCUCCGUCGACUACGCCCUGGCGCCCGAGGCCCCCUUCCCCCGCGCCCUGGAGGAGUGUUUCUACGCCUACUGCUGGGCCCUGCGUCACUGCCGCCUGCUGGGCUCCACAGCGCAGCGGGUCUGCCUGGCUGGGGACAGCGCCGGCGGGAACCUCUGCCUCACCGUGACCAUGCGGGCGGCCGCCUUCGGCAUCCAGCUGCCCGAUGGCAUCAUGGCGGCCUAUCCCGUCACCCUGGUGCGGGCCGCGGCCUCGCCCUCCCGCCUGCUUACCCUGCUCGACCCCCUGCUGCCCCUCAGCGUACUCUGCAAGUGCCUCAGCGCCUACGCCGGCACGGAACCGGCGGAGGGGGAGCCCCCCGGGCUGGAGAAGCUGGGCCCGGUGAACAUGGUGCGGCGGGACACGGCGCUGCUGUUGCAGGAGCUGCGGCAGAGCGCCUCGGCCUGGCUGGGGGCGCUGCUGGACAGCCCGGGGCGCAGCAACGGGGCUGGCGCAGAGGCCAUGCGGACGAGCGUCUCGGAGGCAGCGCUGGACGACGACUCAGCUGUCAAAUCCAGGGGCUCCCGCAAGAGCCAGACCUGCCAGGAUCUAUCAUGCGGGGUGUCAGCCCCCCUGGCCCCUGCACCUGCCCCCCCUCCCCAGGGCAGCCCCCCCAGCUUCUUCCUGAGUGGGGGGCAGCUGGAGGAAGAGGCCCCCGGGGACGAGGGGCUGCAGUAUCCCGACGGCUUUGAGCCGCUGCGCUCGGACCAGCCCUCCGCCAGCAUCACCCUGGAGGCAUCGCCCGUGGUCAAGAACCCCUUCAUGUCGCCCCUGCUGGCCCCGGACAGCAUGCUGCGAGGACUGCCGCCAGUCCAUAUCGUGGCCUGCGCCCUGGACCCCAUGCUGGACGACUCGGUGAUGUUCGCCCGGCGGCUGCGGGAGCUGGGCCGGCCGGUGACGCUGCGGAUCGUGCAGGACUUGCCGCACGGCUUCCUGAGCCUGUCCCAGCUGUGCCGUGAGACCCGCCAGGCGGCCGCGCUCUGCACCCGCGUCAUCCGUGAGAUCCUGCUGCCCCCGGAGCCCACGCCGCCCACCGCCCCGCCCUCGCCCCACAAGCACCGCAAGCUGGAGCGGACGCCGCACUCGGGGGCUGCCACGGGCCUAGCCACGCCCACCCUCAAGAGUCCCACCACAGCUGCCUUGGAGACCACGCCCGGCCCGGGGGGUCGGGCCCCAGGGGAAACCCCCCAGAGGCGAGAGCCGGGGCCCCAGGGCGGCCCGGCAGGCAGGGAGGUGGGGGCCUGAGCCCCCGGCCGUGGUCCGGGAUUUCCUGGGAGCCCCUUGGUGCUUUUCUCUCUGUGGCUCCCGGUUAGGGGGAAAAGGGGGGUCCCCCCCGAGAGCCUGGAUGUCCCCCCCAGCCCCCACCCCCGGGGACCGGUUUGUAGUGGUUUAUGCUGGAGGGCGUUUGCUGCUGUCUGUAUCCUGUGGCCUGAGGAGAAGGGGGUGUCUCCUGUCCCCCUCCCCCAGCCCUUCCUGGGCUCCCACACUCCAGCGCUGCUCUGGAUGGGACCCCCUGCGCUCCAAGGAACGCCCCACGUGCCAGGCCUGAGCUGAGGGUGCAGCCCCAGCCCCCCCCCCCCCAUGCUGACUCCAGGGGUGGGGCAGAGGAGCUGGGCUGCCCUUCCAUACACCGGGGGUGGGGGUAGGGUGGGAGCUCUCUGCCCCCCUCCUUUCCCUAUGUGCACUGGGGGGGCACUCCAGCCCAUCUGCCCCCCCCAACGACUCACCCCCGCCUGCUGCUGCUGUGAACCAAAUGAAGGGUUGGGGGUGCGCUCCCUUCUGGGGGGCGCUGGGGACCCCCAUCCACAACCUUCAGUUUUGUAAAUAAAAGAGUUUGACAUUG